AUGGCUCAUCAUGUGGGGUUCGAUACCGAACAGAUCAAAGACAAGGCGCGGAAAGAUCUGUUAUAUCUGCUUGAGGCUGUUCGCGGAAAGAAGAACCUCGUGAUCGAGCGAAGCUUGGCUGGCCCCAUCGGUGUGGUCGUCAAGGUCUCAACUCUGCAAGAGUACGGUGUCGACAAAUUCUUCUUUUUGGAAAACAACAAUGCCGAUACAAGUCAGCGCAAUGUAGUGUUCAUGGCACGGGGCGAGUGCGCCCGCCACGCCCAGACCAUUGCAGAACAGAUCAAGCGACUCCAACGUGAGAGCCAGACUGGUCAUGAGUUUCACAUAUUCUGGGUGCCUAGACGAACACUAGUAUCCGACAAGCUUCUGGAGGAAACUGGUGUGCUGGGAGACGUCAACAUUCAUGAACUCCCAAUAUACUUCUUUCCUUUGGAGCGCGAUGUGCUUUCUCUUGAACUUGACGACUCAUUCCGGGACUUGUUUCUGUCCAAAGAUACCACACCAACCUUCUUAAUCGCCAAAGCUCUCAUGGGUAUACAAUCUAAACAUGGUCUUUUCCCGCGAAUCAUUGGCAAAGGUGACAAUGCGAAACGAGUAGCAACGUUGCUCUCACGAAUGCGACAAGAAGUUCUGGCCGGCGACAGCGCUAAUGAGGCAGCAAAAAAUGGGCAGACACCAAGCAACUCGACUGAAAGUGCCAUCAUCAUUGAUCGUGAAGUCGACAUGGUCACACCGUUGCUCACGCAACUGACAUACGAAGGACUCAUCGAUGAAGUGUUCGGCAUUCAGAACAACCAAACUGAUGUGGACUCGACUAUUGUUGGAGCCCCCGCUCAACCGCCCUCUCAAGGCACGUCCAAUACUCCAGCUGCGAACCCUCCGACAAGAAAGCGCAAGAUCCAGCUCGACUCCUCAGACAAGCUCUACGAUGGGCUUCGUGAUACAAAUUUCGCCAUUGUCGGCACCUUACUCCACAAAGUGGCACGGCGCUUGCAAACCGACUAUGAUAGUAGGCACACUUCGAAAACAACUGCCGAACUCAAAGCUUUUGUCCAAAAAUUGCCUGGCUAUCAAGCGGAACAGCAAAGCUUAAAGAUACACACGGCACUUGCCGAGGAAAUAAUGAAGCACACUCGAACGGAUCAGUUCAGUCGACUGCUCGAGGUGCAGCAGAACCUCGCUGCCGGUGCCGACCCAAGCUCGCAGAACGAUGUCAUUGAGGAAUUGAUAGCACGAGAUACACCACUUCCAGAGGUGCUGAGACUUGUGUGUAUAUACUCGUGUAUCUCUGGAGGCCUCAAAGCCAAGGAGUUUGACCACUUCAGGCGGUUGAUCCUGGAAGGUUAUGGGUAUCAACACCUGCUGACACUGAAUAAUCUGGAGAAGCUGCAGUUAUUCCUCUCGCGUUCUUCACCACUGGCAGGUAUGAUUCCAAUGCCUGGAUCCGCGGCGGCGACGGGAACCAAGACGAAUUACACAUAUCUUCGCAAACAGUUACGAUUAAUUGUCGAUGAAGUCAACGAGCACGAUCCAAACGAUAUCGCCUACGUCUACAGCGGCUACGCACCUCUUUCGAUUCGACUUGUACAAUGUAUACUACAGAAACAGUACCUCCUUUCUAUAACUCGCAGUAGUGGCGCCUCAGGUGUGGGCACUGUCGCAAAUAGCGGUGCUCAGGGUUGGCGAGGAUUCGAUGAGGCUGCAAAACAUGCUCGGGGGCCGACAUUUGAUGAAGUUCAGAAAGGUGAGGAUAAGGCAGUCAAGGCUCGAGCACUACUUUCGGGCGGUGGCGAUAAGAAAACAGUGUUCGUGGUGUUUGUAGGUGGCAUCACUUUCACCGAAAUCGCUGCGUUACGGUUCAUAGCAAAGAAAGAAGAAGGUAUGUUGAGUUUUCGUAUUUGGAUACCUGUCACUAUUACGGACGUUUGCCUAACAUCUGUGUACCCAGCCCGAAGAAACAUCGUCAUAUGCACCACGUCGAUCCUCAGCGGAAACAAAAUGAUGGACGCCGCAAUUGAGAAAGAAUCGCAAGAGGGUCAGGAUCAGGGUCAAGGUCAGCUUCCGUGUCGGGCAUGUGCCAUCGGUUGCUGGUAUAGCUAUCACACGGAAUCUUCUACCUCUAGGGGCACUCCUGGGACUGAGUCGGAGAUCAUAGUACGCGUAGACGGUAUGGAGUACGAUAUGGACAGUCCUGCCUCUGCUCCCGUAAUACAAGAUGAUUCUGAGAAUGGCCUGGAUCGGAAGAUACCUGUCAACUCGAUACUUCUCCGUCUUCAAGACAGCGUAAGAAAGUCCUCGGAGUCCGCCGUGUCAGACGAAUCAGAUUUAUCUUCACCUCCGCACUCACCUAUCAGCAGCAAAGCGACUACACCUGCCCAUGUUACCGAUUCGAAAGAAUCGAUAGCAACGGCAACCUCCUUGAAAGCCACACGCGGCCUCCCCCCACCAGCUAGACCAACAACAAGAACGACGACGACGACGACGACGACGACGACGAAACAGAUUUUUGAUGUCCGACCAAAGGUGUCGAUACCAACAGACUUAGCACCGUAUGACUAUGCGAAUCAAUGCAUCGCAGCAGCAGAGCACUCGAGGCUAAAUCCGUAUGCACUGCAUCAAGAGGAGUACCAGAUGCUGCGGGAACAUAUCAGUCACGCACAAGUCACGACCUAUCUCAAUAUUCGUAACGGAAUUCUAAGAUUAUGGAUGCAUAACCCCAGCAUCGGUGUUUCUCGAGAUGAGGCCAUCGGGUGUGCAAAGGACCGUAGGUGGUUUAAUGUUGCAUAUGUCUGUUACGAAUGGCUGCUACGCCGUGGAUACAUCAACUAUGGCUGUGCGGAAAUUAUUUCUUCAAAGAAGCGUCGCACUAAGAUUGUGAUCGGUGCCGGGAUGUCUGGACUCGGGUGCGCAAGACAGCUGGAGGCACUGUUCAAGCAGUAUGCUGGGCAGUUUGGCGAUUUGGGGGAAGAUCCUCCAAAAGUCAUAGUGCUGGAAGGACGAAGUCGCCUAGGUGGUCGAGUCUACUCACGCUCGAUUGAUGGCAGCCAGUGCCAGCAUUUGAUGGAUUUCAAAGGGCAAAGACUCAGUGUUGAAUGUGGUGGCAUGAUUAUUACUGGCUUCGACCGAGGCAACCCCAUGAACGUCCUGGUGAGAGGACAGAUGGCGUUGCCAUACUACCCGCUGAGACCGGACACGACACUAUACGAUUCGAACGGCAAACCAGUCGACUCAGACCGAGAUUUGAAGGUAGAACAGCUCUUCAACGAUUGUCUCGAACGAGUAAGCAAUUACAAGUUCAAGAACCCUCCUUCCAAACUCAUAGAAGGCAACAAACUUUUGAUGGAUGAGGGUAAAGACAGCACGUCAGAUGGAACCCAAACUAUCGCUCACGCUGAAGAGGUGGCAGCUGCUCAGCCACAGGCGUUGCCCGUUUCAGAGCAAAGUCUAGCUCCCCAAGUCAAGCUCGUUCCUGUGUCCACGGACAAGACGACAGGUAAGCCCCAUGUCGAGCCGGGCACCGCUGCUACAUUGAUCGCAGCAUACAAAGCCCAAAUGAUGGGCUGGGCUCUGAAGGAAGGUAUCUCGGAGGAGCAAGAUCUUCAAUUGGAAACACUGGCCAAAUCAGACAACGUAACACUAGGGUCACUCCUAGACGAAUCAAUAGCUCAGUACAGGGAUAUAGUUGAUUUGAACGCACAAGACUACAGGCUCAUGAAUUGGCAUAUUGCCAACCUGGAGUAUAGCAACGCAACAAACCUCAGGAAUCUGAGCUUGGGAUUAUGGGAUAUCGAUGCUGGCAAUGAAUGGGAGGGAAAGCACACCAUGGUUGUCGGCGGAUACCAAAGUGUUCCCUGGGGUCUCGCGCAAGCACCAUCUAAACUGGAUAUUCGGAAAAAUUGUGCCGUCAAAAAGAUCACCUAUGAUCCGGCAGGCAGUGGAACUGCAACUAUCGUGUGCGAAGAUGGUGUCAUGAUCGAUGCUGAUCACGUCGUUUCAACCAUUCCUUUGGGUGUGCUAAAGCAUGGAAACGUUGAAUUUGACCCUCCUCUGCCGUCGUGGAAAACAGAUGUCAUUGGCCGCCUGGGCUUUGGUGUCCUGAACAAGGUAGUCCUUGUCUACCAGCAGCGUUUCUGGGAUACUAGUCGUGAUAUUUUUGGCGUUCUUCGGAAUCCACCGUCACGCCACAGUCUUAAACAGAACGAGUACUCUUCACCCCGUGGCCGCUUUUUCCAGUGGUUUGAUGUGUCACAUACCAGCGGCGUGCCGGUAUUGCUUGCUCUCAUGGCUGGCGACGCUGGUUUUGACACCGAGUCCUCUAAGAAUGAUACGCUGGUCGAAGAAGCCACUGAGGUUCUCCGCAGUAUUUAUGGUGGCAAGGUCCCACAGCCUGUUCAUGCGGUUGUCACGCGAUGGGGCUCUGACAAGUUUGCCCGUGGUUCGUAUUCUUCAGCAGAUCCGUCCAUGAAACCUGACGACUACAACACGAUGGCUCGCUCUGUUGGCAAUCUCUUCUUCGCCGGCGAGCACACUACGGGUACUCAUCCAGCAACCGUCCAUGGGGCGUAUCUAUCAGGCCUCCGCGCAGCUUCGGAAGUUAUUGAUACUUUGUUGGGUCCGAUUAAAUUACCUACACCCUUGAUCAUAUCCAAGGAGUCAAGCUCAACCCAAGGGUUAAAGCGGAAAUCCGAUGUUACACCUCUAUCUCCCAAAGCAACUAAACAGGCCCGUAUAGAUGCCCAUGAUUUAGCUGCUUCACAGCACAUUGCCAGUCUUAUUGGAAAUCGGCCCUGGCCCCCUCGAAAACCCGCUGGCAACCCCUACCUCUUGUAUAGUAAGGACAACUACGAAGUCGCCCGGAAGCAGUGUGCAGAAGUCCGUCGCCCUGGUAAGGGCAAGAGCAAGCCCAGCCCGAACGAAGUCCGCAUCAUGACUAGUAAGAUGUGGAAAGAAGCAAGUCCCAUGGUGAGACAGCCCUAUGAGGAUCAAGCAGCUGAGCAGAAGCGCGUCUAUAGUGAUACAUUGAAGGAAUGGGAGAAAACUGUCGUGGAUUGGGACAUCAAAGCCAUUGCGAUCAGAAAAGACUGGGAAGAUAACGGCAACAAGCUCGUGCUAGACAACACCCUGCCGGAAGAACAUGGUGGUCAAAGGCGGCGCAGCAUGAUAGAUUACAACGUCUGUAUGGAGGGUUGGGGGUUUGGGGACUUAGGAAUUGGUGUUCGGUGCCGGGCUUUAUGGGUGCGUGAUACCAAGCGCUUUGCAUAUAUGACUACUGGCAGUGUUUGCCAGAGGUCCGGAUACAUAUGGGCUUCCUGGGAUUGA